GACCUACGUUAAUUCAUACUGCCGAGUGAUUAUUUCUGAAAAAUGUAGAAUAGUACACAGACAUGUAGCAUCGUUAUUCAAAGUGUAGGGACAGUCGUCGGAGAAAUUGUCUUAAAGGACUGAAGGAGAAAAGGAACCCAAAACAUUUCUCUUCUGCCCAAAAUCCAUACUCCUAAAUUGAAGGGAAGGGGGGGGGGGUCAUAAUAUAUUGCAUAUCACACCGUAGAUCUACAUAUUACCGAGUAUUGUCCAAGAGAAGGAUCUUACAGGGAUUGCACCCCUUUCAUUAUGAGAGAGAAAGAGGGGAAUAACUGGCGGCCGCCACAUAAAUUAAGUGGCGGUCGCCAGGUAAAUUAAUGAUGAUAAUUCUAAAACCUGGCACCUAUCGGCUUCCGUAGAAUCUUGCCCGGUGUUGUUUUCAUUGACUUCCUACAUAUUGAUGUUAUAAAGUGUGCUUGUGUGCCCGAUAUUUCCACGUCCACCACUGCAUAAAUUUUUCAAGAUAUCAGUGACUGCUUACAUUGAGUGAUAAACGACUGGAAAAGUCAAAAUGGGAAGGAAGAAAAUUUCCAUUACUAGAAUUAACGAUGAAAGAAAUCGUCAGGUGACAUUCACCAAAAGAAAAUUUGGUCUUAUGAAAAAGGCUUAUGAGCUGAGUGUACUCUGUGACUGUGAAAUUGCUCUCAUCAUUUUCACAUCCAACAACAAGCUGUAUCAGUAUGCCAGCUCGGACAUGGACAAAGUCUUACUGAAGUACACAGAGUAUAAUGACACUGUGGUCAGCCAGACCAACAAAGACAUAUUGGAGAUGUUGAAUAAAAAGGAUGUGAAAGGAGAAGGGGGAGAUGAUGAUGAUGAUUACAACUUGACCCCCAACACAGAGGACAAAUAUCGUAGGAUUGACCAGGAGUAUGCCAGGGUAAUGCAGGGAGGGACACAAAAACCAGUGCUAUACCAGCAGCCCAUGCCAGUUUCUGUUCCAGUACAGGGUGGUGCCUUUCCCCAGACCAGUCAGCAGCAGGGGUCAGGGGGCUCUGUAGUUCUCUUACAGCCACCUACAGCCCAUACCUCCAUGCAACAACCAACAGCAGCCACUAAAGUCCAUCCUGCAGUGACUGCAACAAAAACGUUUCCCACCCAACGGACCCAGGAAAUCGAAAUGUCUCCAAAUACCGCCAGCAAGGAUACCGACUUCAAUCAAGGAAAAGGAAAACCAAAUCUAAGAGUUGUUAUUCCACCCAAAUCUGAUACACCAGCUGCCAAAUCACAGUCAACAUCCCUAGACACUCCGCAGAUAUCUCAAGCCACACCCAGCACUCAGUUAGCUUCAGUUCUACCAUCAGCUCUUUUGCCCAGUGACCUACAAAUAAAUAGUGCUGAUUUGGCCAAGCUGUUGGGUUCAGCAGCAUUUGCAUCCAAUGAAGGAUUGCCAGGGCCCCUAACAGCAGCUGUCCAGGCCUCGGGAAUAUCACUUACACCAAGUGGGUUAACACCAACUACCAACUUGCAGAACCUCCUGAUACCUUUAUCACAUGCUCAAGCACUCCAGAUGCAGUUUGCAGGAAAAAAUGUCAAAGCAGAACCAACAUCACCACAGGAUAGAGGGGGGUCAUCAGAGGAAGAGGGGCCACCAGAGAAACAGGCCCGUAUGUCAUCUGACCGAUGACAAUAGUAACUUUUAUGUAUAGUGUAAAUAGUGUAGAAUUGAGAAUUAUGUAUCGUGCACAGAAGUAACAAGCUUUUUAUUUUCCUUGCAUUGUGUCAUUUCUGAAUUAAGUCUGACAUUGACAGGUCUCAAUAUUUAGGUUUAAGAUUCACAAGAUUGUAUAUAGAUUCAUCAUAAUAGAAUUAUUUUCAGUGCUGAGAUUACCUGGUAAUCAUGCAUAUGGUGCAUUAGUUUAGUAAGCAUAAUCACGUUUUUCUAAUAUUGAAUUCCCUGGCAGUCAUUCGUCAUUGAAAGAGUUGUUGAUGUUUUGUUAAGGUAUUAAAUCUAGCUUCAAAUUCCUUUAUAAAUCCAUUUGAUUCAGUAUCAUAGUUGCAAGAUAGUGAUUUAUGGAAAACAAGUUUUUAACAUUUAUUACUUUUUAAAGGGUUAUGUAUUAUUUGUAUGGGUUAACUUAUUGUUUCCCAAAAAACUCUUAAUCAAAUUCAUUUUUAUUGAUGAGAAUUUUUGCAGACUUUGUAUUUCACACUGUUGAUGCAGAAAAUCUUUGUCUCGGAUAGCCUUGUGGUUUGCAAACAUGAAUAUAUGUGCGAAGACUGUUCAAAUGUACAUAUAUUGACUUUAAGAAAUCCAGUCUUUAUUAAUAGCCUUCUAUUAAACACAGAUAUGUUAACGGUUGCACAUAAUUACAAUACAUUGAUAUUUUCAGGCCAAGAAAUAGUAUUGGAUUAAAUGGCUGUUUACUCAUGAUUUACUUGGUUUGAAUAUUUUGAUAGACAUUUAUUCUAUUGCUUUGUGACCGUUUAUACUAUUCUUGUUCAUAUAUACAAAAUAUAUAUAUAUACUAGGUUUGAAAAACCAUUAAGAAUAUAUUCAGUUCGAUAUUCAUUGCUGUAAACAGCAGGUUUCAUUGUUUAUUACUGUAAAUCAUUAUAAUUUCACAAGACUUUUAUUCCCACUAUCUCACAUUGGCAGAUUCGUCCUCAGAAUUUGAAAUUUUGCAAACAUUCAGGUUUUUUUUUUCAUUACUACUUAAAUACACAAAAUUAUUCUUGAGGACUUUAUUUUUACAUCAAGUAACCUCAGUAUUCAGCAGUUAUUAUGCACAACUGUAUUUUCUGUGACUUGCACUAGAAAAAAAGUAGCAGAUAUAUUAGAAAUUUAUGACAAUUACCGGUAAUGUUAGAAAAAUCAAAGAUAUGGUAUAGACCUGGAUGUUUCUGGAAGUUUUUACAGGUAUGUGUGUUCUUGUUUUAAACACCAGUGUUAUAAUGCUUGUAUCAAUUUACCAUUUACAUUGUUGUGGAAUAAUAAAUUUGGCAUCAGUGGAAGAUUUUAGAUUACAUUGUAUGUACAUGUAUGAUAUGGUUUGACUUUAUUUCUGAAGUGACACUUGUAUAUACUGGUAGCGCACAGCAAAGACAAAUCAUUUUAUGUAGACCAUCUUGAGUGUAUUUGGAGUGCAUGUAUAAUGUUUACUUCCGGUGGUGAGGAACUACAUAUAUAUUCCAAGAUAUGUCUGCAAGUUUUAACACAUAUUUUAACUAGGGGCUUAAUUUUUAGUAAGAAUGGUAGGAAGUUAGAAUGCUGGUUGUGACAGUCCUGUUAUUGUUUAUUAUCAUUGUAGUUCUUGACAUGCAGUGGUUAUUUUUGUUUGUUUUUUUUUUUCUCUUGACUUAAUACACUUCCAACCUUUUAUUGUGCAUGAUAAAAGGAUUAAUAUUGGUGAAUUGAUAUUUUUUAAAAAUAGAUUUGUGCCAUUUUUUGCAUGAUUUUCACCCCAAAUUAUGUCAUUCUGAAAUCAUAGUAUUUUGUUUAGAGGAUAUGUAUAUGCAAUAAAUAAUUGUUUUUAAGUAA